AUGGCGGACCGUAAUCCUCCAUGGCAUGGCCGGGGGGUCCAGAACCUUUCUUCCAACGCGAAUAGUCCCCUCUCGCCCGCAAGUACGGGCAGAGCUGCCCCCUCCUUCGAACGGAACGUCAAUCGCCAAAAGACCCAGCGCUGGGUGCAGGCGAAGCAGUAUUCAUACGAUGGUGGCGACUGGGGUGACGAUGACGACGAAGAAGAAGAGGAAGAGCCACCAGCGGCACCUGCGCCUCCCUACGCCACGCACAAGACGGGAAGCACCUCCGAGUUGAGCUCCAGGCGCUUGUCUGGACUUGGGUUUGGGACUGAUGAGAUCCGCGCAAGUCCCACUACCGAAACCAAGCCGCUUCCCAGCGCUGGCGAUCAGAAGUCGCUGCCUUUCGUUAGACCUGCCGAUAUCUACAAGCGAAUGCGCGAGGAGCGAACACCACAGGGUGAAGCAGCAAGUUCCGGACGUCCAGCAGAGCCCCAAGGCUCUAUUCAGCCCAGUGCUGCCCCGAAUCAUCCUGCCAUGGCUAGUGGCAACGGUACCGUGCCCGAAAAUCUAAGCGCCUCAACUCAACAUCCUCCCUCCAUAGCGCUACCGGAGUUCAAAAGAAUGUCAGGAUUCGGUGCCGAUUUCAUCGGUUCCACUGAUCCAAGCUUCCAGCAAAAUGCAAGCGCCGAGUCCCCGGAGGCCUCCUUACGUCACAAUCCGUCUCAAGCCUCCCAGGAUUCCCAGGCCUCUCAGGGCUUCACAUCGGUGGUACACCAAGCCUUCGACGUUCCAGAGACUCCCAACUCCACUGCCGGCAGUGUGGUGCGGUCAAACAGCGACGGGACCUCCGUCAUCAGUCCAAUUAUCAGUCACCGUACCACUCAGGACGACAAAACACCCACAAUUCCCGAGGAGCCUGCAGAGUCCAGUACCCCCACCAACGCGCCAAAGGAAGGUGCGGACCAGGCUCCAUUCUUCAAGCCUGGUCAUCGACGGGAUAUGAGCCUUCCCGAGAGUGACAAUAGCCCUUCGAAAACACCUCUGAUUACGAACAAUCAGGCUCCCUCGGCGGGUCAAGCAGAGAUGUCGUCGGUCUCUCCAGGCCAGUCCGGCUCACCAGAAAGACCCGUCGACAUCCCAGACACUCAGAGCGCAUUGAUCCCAUCGACUACGGCCGCCGAUGCUUACGUCGCACCUCUCAAAUUUGGCAGCAAUGGCUCAGCCGCAUCUGAAGGCUAUCGAGGCGAGAUUCCUACGAUCAUUCCUACUAGUGCAGGCAACUCGCCGCAGGAUACUGACAACGAUCGAUUGAGAGAAGAGAUUAUGCGGUCCUUGAGCCGGGAGAACUCACAAGAGCCCGAGCCGCAGCCACAGCCAAACCCGGAUGGGUCUAUCCCGCAAGACUACGAGAAGUACUGGGAUAGUUCGACCGGGCCCGGUCCCCACGAAGUCCCGAGGCCACUUGUUUCAGAAACCCACCCCGACUGGACUAGCACACAUCCUCUGGCUGCUCAGGACCCAUACGCAGCUACGCACACGCCUAGCGAAACAGUCCCACCAGCCGACGCUGAGCCGAAGAGACCUCGAUUAGGACGGCGGUUCUCGUGGGAGUCGGCCUCGUCGGGUGGCGAGCCCGUCGCGCAGGCCCCUGCGGCGGAUACCGUGGCUCCCUCUUUGAGCGCAGCUCUGGCUGUCCAUGAUCCCGAGGCCAUCGCCGAUGAUCUGGAGCCCAUGGCGGAGGACCUGUCAAGGGACCGGCCAGUGACUGCUGGUGAAAUUUCAGACGACACUCAGCGCGUCGAGAAGCCCAGGCUCUCAAUCGUACCUCCAAUCCCACAGACCAUCUCUCCACCGGAGGAAAUUGUGGGCCCCAUUGGUGGCCAGGCAGCUGAAAGGGAAGUGUCUUUGCCAGUUGGAAUAUCGAAGGUCGACGAAGGAAAACUGCAAGGGUUCCGCGACAUUCUCAACAAGCCAUCUCCCGUGGAGCGCAUCCGAGCGUUUGAUCAAACCCGAGAUCAAUUCGCGACUCUAGACACGGGUAUCAAGACUUGGCUUGAGUUUACUGUCCAUGCUCAUCCAGAGCAUGCUGAUCUUGUUCACUCAAGUCAGACCCUAUCUUCUGGAUUCCCACGGACAUCGCCUACGACCAGAAAGUUCCCCAAGCUCGCAUCUCUCGGCAACAUUGCCUCUAAGGAAGACGGCGCUCCAGCAGGCGCUGGCCACGCUAGACGUCCCUCUGGUCAUAUUGGAACGAUUGUAAAUCGGCAAAACGUCGAGCAGCGUGGCAAGGAUCUCCUCCACACGGCUGGCACUUUCGGUGGAAAAGCAGGUGAAGCUGCCAAGGGUUUAUUCGCCAAGGGCAGGAGCAAGUUCCGACCCAGCGGAGACAAGGUAGAUACGUGA